UACUAAUUAUAUAUAUAUAUACGAUAGUUCAUUAUAAAUCGAUUAAGCCCCUUCUUAAAACAGUCUCCGUCUAUGUUGAAGAUACUUAACUAAAGAAGUUAUAAGACAAAUAUGACUUGGUGCCCUCAUUGUGUCAAAAAUAGCCAAACACAUCGUGAUCACACCACCGGCAGCGUAUGUUGUGUUGAUUGCGGAAAAGUUAUAUCGCAAGAUUUAUAUACAGAGGAUGCUACUUUUGUUAAAGAUGCUGGCGGAGGGGCUCGUCUGGCAGGCAACCUUGUUAAAAUGGGAAGUGCUUGUUCCGAGUCACAUAUAAGAACCUUAAAUAAAGGGAACACGGUAAUCUCUGAACUCACAAACAAAUAUGGGAUCACCAACGUUGAUCAUGCUACUAAAUAUUACCAGAUAGCUGUUGAGCGUGGCUUUACAAGGGGGCGUAGAACACCUCUAGUUGCAGCUGCCUGUCUAUAUGUUGCUUGCCGGGAACUAGAAAAACCUUUUCUGCUUAUUGAAUUUUCCAGUGAAUUGGGUGUUAGUGUCUAUGAGUUAGGCACUGUGUAUUUUCAACUAUGCAUGUUGUUAAGCCUCCAGGAUCAUCCCUUUGUUCAAAAACCAGUUGAUCCUAGCCUUUUUAUGCAUCGAUAUACAAGUGGACUAAUGAAAAAUGACGACAGUAAUAAUAAGAAAGUUUUGAACACUGCAUUGCACCUUGCAGUUAGCAUGAAAAGAGACUGGAUUCAGACUGGGAGGAAACCUAGUGGUAUAUGUGCAGCGGCUAUCUAUGUUUCUUCGGUGUUACACGGAUAUAAUUUUUCAAGAGCAGACGUUAUGGAAGAAUUCACAAAUGAAGCUAUGAAAUUCGAGAAGGAUAUGCGGUUCUGCAAACAAUCUAAGAUGCCUGGAGUAACAGAAGUGGUCUGCCAGCACAAAAACAGUGCUGUUCAAUCUGGUUUUGGCCUUUGUAGGAAUUGUUAUUUGGAGUUCUGUGGGGGACUUGAUGGUUCUGAACCUCCAGCAUAUCAACGUGCUGAAAUGGAAAGAUUAUCUAAGGAAUCAGUGAAAAGUAUGAUGGACUCUACUCUUAACACAGAGCCCCUCCCAAGACCUAUUGCAAAUGGAAAUGGAAGUCAGCAUUACAGUGAACUCCAAGCAAAUGCCAAAGAAAAUUAUAAAGGCUCCUCACCAGAGUUCCAAUGUGCUUCUCCCAACCCUGGAAUGCUCGACAAAAUUGGUGAUACUGCAGAUAUUUUUAUAAGCUCGAAGGACCCCCCUGCUACUGUUGAUGAAACAGAUACCCUCUCUGAAAUUGAUAAUAACGAGGUUGAUUGUUACCUGCUCAAUCCGGAAGAAACUCGGCUUAAGACGAAAGUAUGGGAAAUGAUGAACGAAAACUCCAAGCAGGCACGUAAGCUCUAUACCGGGACCUCACAGGAGAUACGUGAAGCACAGGCACUUGCUAAAAAAGAGAAAGAUAAACGUAGGCGAGCUAUGGAGGCCAAGAAUGCUAAGCCUGCUCAAACUGCUGCAGAAGCUGCUGGUCAAUUGUUCACAAAAAAGAAAUUAAGUUCCAAAAUUAACUAUGAUGCGCUAAAAGAUAUCUUCGAUGACGAGCCAAGUCCAAAAAAGAGCCGUAUUGAAGAUGAGGAUGAAGAAUCUGGGAAGGAACCUAGAGAAACAAACGAUAUGGAACAUAAUGAUGAUGAAACAGAAGGUCACGAAUGGAACAAUGAUUAGAGCCACAGCAAAAUUAUGCCAGUUGACUAAAUUUGGAUGAAUUUGGGCCUUUAAAAAAAAUCUGGACCAUAUUGGAUCAUCUAUAUUUACCACGCGGGUCAUAUUGGACCCUAAAAAUUGUUUUACUCGUAACUUUUUACCGGGUCAAAUUGGGCAGCUCAACACCAAGAACAGGUUCGCUAGCUGGAAAACCUCCAAUCACGCCAUCAAAUCCAUCAUCUCCAUUAAUCCAUACUAGUAGCUGAAAGAUUCUAAGUUUCCAACGACUCGCAAAUCCAUUUUAUGAGGUUUCCAGUCUUUCCCUUUAUAAAUAUUAUACAUAAUUAAUUUUUUGAAAGAUUUAUAUAUAUGUAUAUAUAUUAUAAUAUAAUUGAUUAUUACUAAAACAAAUGUAUAUAAUUAAUGGGUCAUGUUGAAUUUCAAUUUAUUAGAUAUAGAUGUAAUUAAUGAUUUAGUAGCUCAUGAGAUUGCUGUAAAUUACAUAUCCUUUUUAGCAAGAAAGUGAAUUUCAAUUUAUUAGAUUGUUGAAAUGUAAAUAGAUGAAUGUGUUUGAUAUUAUACGCGGAUUUUUAUUUUAAUGAAUAGCUUCACAAUAUUUCUUUGUUAA